UAGCAGCAGUUGGUAGGUGGGGCUUGUCUCCUAAGCAGCCAUCUUAAUCAGCUGCCAGCUGCUUCCAGACAUGUUGUAUCUCGUGAUCUUGCUCCUCUGCCAUGUCAUCCUGGGAGCAGACCCUCCUUCCAUUACAGAUGUAAACUUCAUCAAGACCACCUUGGAGGCCCACAAUUUAAUACGGUCCAAAGUGACACCAACUGCUAGCAAUAUGAAAUACAUGACAUGGGAUUCAGAUUUAGCAAAAAUUGCUAAAUCUUGGACGAGUAAAUGUAUAUUUGACCAUAAUACCAACCUGCUCAUGAAAGGCCUACAUCCUGUGUUCAGUCCUGUUGGAGAAAACCUCUUAAUGGGACCAGGUACUGAAAUGAUGGGAAUAACCAAGAAAUGGGCAGAUGAAGUUGCUUACUAUAACUUUGAUACAAAUGGAUGCUUAACAGGAAAAAUGUGUGGCCAUUAUACUCAGGUUGUUUGGGCUAACUCUUACAAAGUUGGUUGCGCGGCUACCAAGUGUCCAGGCAGCUAUGGGUUCAUUGUAGCUUGUAACUAUGGACCAGCGGGCAACUUUAGGGGAAGUAAACCUUAUCAUUCCGGAGUCCCAUGCAGCGAAUGUCCAGGUGACCAAUGUGAGAACAACCUCUGCAAAAAUCCACAACGUGACGGGUUAAAGGAUUAUUCCAGUGGGUGUCCCCAUUCAACUACCUUGAAUUGCAAUUUGCCAUGCCUUAUUACUGUAGUAGUACUUGGUUUUCUAAUUAUCUUAAACUUUAUUAUGAUGAACACACCAUUGUAGGACAAUCAUUUAAAAGUGAAAAUAAUGCUAGAUGAGUACACUUUGUAUGUAUUGCUCAUUCAAGAUAUUCGCCAUCUGCAGUUUAAUUUAAUGUCUUUUCCUGUAUUAGUAUGUUUCAGUUGAAAUGUUUGUUAAAUUUAGAAUGUGAAAAAGAGCUUUUUUCUAUAGGGUACAGUAUCUUUGACAUAGUGGUAUAGGUAUUAAAUUAGUGGGUAUUGAUCUUAUUUAAAAAAAAAAAAGAAAUUCAUAGCCAAGUACAAACAUGGAGUCAAGCAUAAAAUACAUAUCUGCAUUAAUUAGAAAAGAUCCAAAGAAGCCAAUAAAUAGUUCCUCUUCUUGCUCUAGUUUGUUACAAGCUCCUUCACACAUGACAUGUAAGAAACUGAUGAGAUAAUGUAUUCUGCGCUCGGAUGCGAAGCUGCUCAGUCAAAUCCUGUAGUAAUGUAAAAUAAGAUACAAGCGCUAUGUAUUUAAUGUUUAAGCACUGAUAUGUACUUACCAUAUAUAUAUAUAUAUAUAUAUAUAUAUCAGUGCAUAAACAUUACAUACAUAGUGCUUGUAUUUAAUUUUGCGUGUAAGAAACUGAAAUUAAAUUACAUUGUGGGCACUGCAAGAUUGAUCAUACGUCAUGUUUUCUUAAUGGCGUCAGUUGAUCAAAACAUACAGGCUGAUGAUCUCAUCCAAAUGCAUUUUCUGGCCUCUGACAUAAAUUGAUACUGUAUGUGUUGUUUUGGGCCCGUAUACACCCAAUUGGCUGGCAGAAUAACACUGUAACUUGGCAUCUUUACAUUAUACAUUAGCAAUGCAUAGGAUAGGUGCCUCAAAAAAUCUUUAAAAUAGAUUUCAUUUAACACAAGAUAUGUGUUAUGCAUAAGCAAUGUUAAAGUCAAUAUAGGUGAUAUAAGCAAUGUUUAAAGUCAAUAUCUUUUGUAACUUUAAAAACAUGUUUGGUUACCACAUUAAACUGUUAACAGAA